AUGAUUUCUGAGGAGAUUUUUUACCCGGGAUGGACUGAGUUGGACUGGGAGAUUCUGAGAGAAGAAGGUCGAGUGAGCUGUUUUAAUUGCACUUGUGCGGAUUUGCCGGACGCGUUUAGUCGGCUCCAGUACGUUGAGCCAGUAAGCUGGUACUUGCUUCUACUACGGGAACUCCCUGACUGUCCAACUGACGCCUUCAAAAGUGAGUGUACUGCUCGAACAUACGCUACUACCCCGCUGCGCGAUCACAUUUACAGCAGAAUAUGCGAUGGAGGCUUUAAUUCAAACGUGAUCGACGGGUGUGAGAAUGAUUUUUGCAAUACGUUAAGCGCAAGUAAAUUCGAGAAUCUUAGCUUGGAUUUUUAUUACUACAGUAUGGAUUUUAUCCCUUUCAACGAUCUACAAGACUGUAUUUUCGAUAGCUCAGUUACGAAAGAAUUCAACGCUUUCCAGCAGUGCCUAACUACAGAAGCAAAGACGACUGUCAUUGGACUUGUCCUUCAGAGACUCGAGACUAGGGGAAGCGUAAGCCGACAAGAAAGCGCCAUAGGAAGAGAAGAGACUCUCAACCGGGAUGUAAACAUCCAAGAGACGGGUCCUGUGAAGGUCGCCCAACCUUGCGAGACAACUCCGAAAGAGAAUGUCGAGGAAAUGACCUGGGAAGCAAAUGACGCUGGAUCGCUAGCUUUGGCAGAUCAGCUCAAGAAAAUUGAGGUCAUGGAUGAGUCCGAUGAAAAGUGGUGCAAAGACCACGUAGAACAAGUCUACGGAUACUUGCGCUUCUUGGAGCACUCGAAAGAAGUGCGACCGAAUUUUCUCGCUCACCAUGGGCAAAGCGCCUCGCCCAAAAUGCGUCUGAUUCUUAUCGAUUGGAUGGUGCAAGUGGCGCGGCGAUUCCGGCUCCUCAACGACACGCUCUUCCUAACCGUCGCGUACAUGGAUCGCUAUCUCCAGCGCACGGAGACCGUUGAGAAGUCGAAAAUGCAGUUGAUCGGCAUCGCAUGCAUGAUGCUUGCAUCAAAAAAUGAAGAGAUCUACUCACCAUCUCUCAGCGACUUCGUUUACGUCUGUGACAGGGCUUACUCGACAGACGAUAUAAAAGACAUGGAGCUCGAAGUUCUUGGUCGCCUGGAUUGCGAUCUAUCCGUCGCCUACUCGCUUGAGUUCCUAAGACGAUUCGCAAGAGUCGUCGAGGACACCAUCGACCCUAAAGAAUACACGAUGUCAAAGUAUUUGUGCGAACUUGCUUUGAUGGACUACGACCUGGCGAGCAUGAAGCCGUCCUUAGUGGCCGCAGGUGCUUUAUGGCUCUCUAUCAAGCUGAUCAGCGAGGGAGAGUGGUUGCCCAUCCUAGAGCACACCUCGACGUACUCUGGCGCGGACCUAGAAAAUGUGACCAAUCUGUUGGCGAAAUGUCUCUUUAUGGCCCAUUUUGGUGCGCACUCUAAAAAGUACACCGCCACCAAACAAAAAUUUGCUGCCGCAACGAACUUCUCGAUCUCCAAGUUGCCAAUCAUCACCGAAAAGGAGGGUCUACUCAUGGAGCUCGCGAAGAAAGGAAAGAAAUUUGCCGAAGGUCGUCGAUGA